AGCUGGUUCUGGAAGGAAACCGGGAGAGGCGGGCGAGGCCCGGAGCUGGAGGAAGGAGGAGCAGCCGGGAGGCGCGCGCUCUGGAGCCUCGGCCGGGUCCCGGUCUGCGGUGCAGCUGCACGCGAGCGAGCGCGGCACCGGGGGAUCGCCCCGCUGCACCCCCGAGCCGGGGCGGGGCUCAGGUCGCUCGGGGGCGGCGUCGGUGUCCGCCUCCCACAUCCGGGGGCCGGGCCGGGCUCUGGGGCUCGCGCCGCGCGGGUGAGUCAGGCCGGGUUUUCCCUCCGCCUCUGGGGCCAGGAGAAGAGUGUCGCCCAGCGCGUCCUCUGCCCGCCGAUCCGGCUCCCGCGCCUGCCCGAAGAGCCUGCGAGGAGAAAGGUUCGAGACCGAGCUGGGGACUGCAGCGCGCCCUGAGAUCCUCGGCGCCAGCAUGCAUCCCUAAGUGAUAAACGCUGUCUGCCACUGACUUUCUCUGCUCCCGGGGAAGACAAGGCUCACAGAGGUUAGGCCUGGCUAAGGUCCUGGGGACAUGGCUGGUGAUGGCUAACGGCAGAACUCAGUGGCAUCACAGAGCACCACCAACCGCUUCUUCCCUCUGCCUCCCAUCGUUGCCUGGAUCUGAACACCUGUUCCGGAAACAGGAGCCAUUGUUCCUCCCCUUAGGCCCUUCCUGUGUGGUCACCAUCCUUCCUCCCUGUGGGCCUUUCCUGUUAGUAUAUCCCUCCCACUGUACCCUCCCCCAGCCCCACCCACUCCAGAUGUUUCCUUGGGGAGACCUCUGACCCUCUGAGGGAAGAGGGGCUUCCCACCUCGAGAAGACAGAGGAACAGAUCUCCAGUCCUGGUUCAGUGUGCUUGCUCUGCAUGCCACAGAUUUGGUGGAGAACCUGUCAGAAAGUCAGCUGCCUGUGCCCUGUUGAACCUUCAUGGCCACAGCCUCCGGCCCUGCUGGCAUUGCCAUGGGCAGCGUGGGCAGCCUGUUGGAACGGCAGGACUUUUCCCCCGAAGAACUUCGGGCUGCACUGGCUGGGUCCCGGGGCUCCCGGCAGGCUGAUGGGCUCCUCCGGAAAGGCUUGGGCCAGCGUGAGCUCUUCAGCUACCUGCAUCUCCCCAAGAAGGACGGCAAGAGCAGUAAGCGAGUGCCUCGGAAUGAGCCGGACUAUGCCACCCUCUACUACCGCGAGCAUCCUCGGGCUGGUGACUUCAGCAAGACUUCCCUGCCUGAGCGGGGUCGCUUUGACAAGUGCCGAAUUCGUCCGUCGGUGUUCAAGCCUCCUGUGGGCACUGGGAAAGGCUUCCUGUCCAUGCAGAGCCUGGCGGCCCACAAGGGCCAGAAGUUGUGGCGAAGCAAUGGCAGUCUGCACACGCUGGCCUGCCACCCACCCCUGAGCCCCGGGCCUCGGGCCAGUCAGGCCCGUGCACAGUUGCUUCACGCCCUCAGCCUAGAUGAAGGUGGCCCUGAGCCCAGUCUUUCGGACUCUUCCAGCGGGGGUAGUUUUGGCCGGAGUCCAGGCACUGGCCCCGGCCCCUUCAGCUCCUCUUUGGGCCACAUUAAUCACCUUGGGGGUUCACUGGACCGUGCUUCAAGGAGCCCCAAGGAGUCUGGACCUCUGGCUGUACUGAGCUGCCUGCCUGAGCCACCUCCCCCCUACGAGUUCUCCUGCCCCGCUGGUGAGGAGGUAGCCAUGUUGCCUGAGACCUGCGAGGAACUCAAGAGGGACCUCAGUGACCAGGAUGUCUCUAACCCCUUUACCCAGGUGCUAGAGGAACGCCAGCGGCUGUGGUUGUCUGAGCUGAAGCGCCUGUAUGUGGAACGGCUGCAUGAGGUGGCCCAGAAAGCCGAGCGCAGCGAGCGCAACCUCCAGCUGCAGCUGUUUAUGGCCCAACAGGAGCAGCGGCGCCUGCGCAAGGAGCUGCGGGCUCAGCAGGGCCUCGGCCCGGAGCCUCGGACCUCUGGUCCCCAAGUGGAGGCUGACCCCAGUGCCCGGGCGGAGGAGGAAGCCCGAUGGGAGGUGUGCCAGAAGACGGCGGAGAUUAGUCUGUUGAAACAGCAGCUUCGGGAAGUCCAGGCGGAGCUGGCCCAGAAGCUGGCUGAGAUCUUCAAUCUGAAGACGCAGCUUCGGGGCAGCCGGGCACAGGCCCAGGCUCAGGACGCCGAGCUGGCUCGGCUGCGGGAGACGGUGCGCAGCCUGCAAGAGCAGGCGCCUCGGGAGGAAGCCCCAGGCAGCUGCGAGACGGAUGACUGCAAGAGCAGGGGACUGCGGGGGGAGGCAGGAGGCAGCGAAGCCCGAGAAGGGGCCGAGCAGCUGCGGGCUGAGCUGCUGCAAGAGCGGCUGCGUGGCCAGGAGCAGGCGCUGCGCUUCGAGCAGGAGCGGCAGACUUGGCAGGAGGAGAAGGAGAGGGUGCUGCGCUACCAGCGAGAAAUCCAAGGGGGCUACAUGGACAUGUACCGCCGGAACCAGGCACUCGAGCAGGAGCUGCGGGUGCUGCGGGAGCCCCCUACAUCCUGGAGUCCCCGACUGGAGUCCUCCAAAAUCUGACGCUAGCCAAGUGUGCUGACAGCAGGCAGGCUGUCAAGAAGAUACCAGGAGAUGGCAGGCUCCUCCCUUGCACUGGUCUGAGGCAGAAUCUGUGGAGGCCAGUUCAGGGAUGGGAGGCCCACCCAGAGGAGGGCUCCAGCAGGCAAUGGGCUGGAUAAGGUGCCUUGCUCCAGAAGCUAUAGCAAAGUCUGGCUGGCAGAGAAACAGACCCAGGCAGGGCCCAGCCCUGCUCCCUUCAGUGGGUGUGACCCGGUAAAGUAGGUUGGAGCCAUCGAAGCCUCAGCCCCAGGAUGCAGAAGGGCAGGAGCGAGGGCGGGUAGCUGGAGACCUGGCAUGAGGUCUACCUCCAUGGAAGGAGCCAGGGGUGGGAAGACUGGCCUCCUCCAGAAUAAAAGCGCAUUUUCUAUAAGGAGGCCCAGUUGAUAACGUUGUCCUUGGCCUGAGUCCAGGGAUCAUGGAUGAUCAGAUGUUCCAGGCUUUGGAACAUUGUGCCCCUUUCCCUAGUCGUGGUGGUGGGAAGAGUGUGUGCCCCGUGCAGUCUCAGAUCUUGCGUGUUGGAGAAUGGAGGAGUGCUCUGCCUUGCUUCUAUACCACACAGUCCUGAGCUGCUGUGUGGGCUGCAACCCCUUUCUUCAACACCGUCUGACGUUUGAGAAGAAACAGUACCGGGCAAACAAAAGGAUUGGUCGGCUGAGGCAUUUGCAGAACAUGAAGUGUUUUUCUGGUGGGCUGUCUAGACCCUGGGUGCCCAGGCAGCUGCUGGGUUUCGAACCACCUCAAGACAGUUUCCUCUGGAACAUGUUAAAAGUUCCUGUGGGCUCUGCCAUCCCCAGCUGUGGUGUGCCCCUCCCUCCGUGGCCAGGGGCCAGAGGCAGGUGCAGGAACUGUGGGUCAUUUCCAUAGGCGGUUAGAGGCCUGUGGGGUAUCUUAUUUAUGCAGAAGGUCUGGUUUGUAUUCUAGAAAGCUCUGGGGAAGGAGCCCCUCAUUCUGUACCUGGCCUCUAAACUGACCCUUUAAACCUCUGCUUCCGCUAAAGCUGGUCCUGGAUCCUGUGAAACCCUUCAGUCACUCCUACCUUAGUGUCAUGCAUCCUGAGGGCUUGGCUCCCCUUGGGUUAGUAGUGACUGAUUCAGCUGAUACCUCUACCUGCCUUUUCUGUUCCUUUUUUUUUUUUUUUUGCAUCAAGGUUUUGCUAUGUAGACCAAACUAACAUGGAACUCUGUGUAGACCAGGCCAACCUUGAGGGGUUCUGCUGCCCACGUGUUGGAAUUACAGACCUGUGCUAAUUA